UUUUAUCUACUUCAAGAUGGACGACAAGGCUCCUGUAGCCCCGGCAGUGGAUCUCUACCCGGGAGCCUCCUCCGCCAUCUCCGCCAUCGGACCAGUGUGCCCAUGACACCGAUGGAGACCUCAAGAACGCCCAGUCUCGCUUUGCUCAGAAUGCCACAAUAGGAAAACAUUACCACGAUUUCUCGUACGAUGGAGACAGUUAGGCAACAGCCAUGAAGCCAAUAUCUAGGAGAGUCCGGUCGUGACAUCUGCGAGCGUGAUGCUGAGAACUAAGGAUCUACACAAGACACAAAAGCCUUGGCAUAUCUAUAUAUAACUUCUUAUCCUCCUACGAUACCUCACGUCAACAUCAUCACAAUGGCCUCAGGCUGGCUCGAAAAGUUCAUCGUCCGUGUAGACGCCACCCCGGACAAACGCCGCACCGAAGAGACACCUGCUCUGGAAAUCCACUACACCGCACUCAAAGAGCAUCGCCGUUUUCUCGGCGUCAAGGGCGACAAGACGCCACGCUAUGAAGUCAAACGGCAAGCCAUCCUCGGGGCCUGGGGAGACAAGUGCCAUGUCACAUCACCCGCGAAUGGGGGGCAGGAAAACGUAGCCGUGAUCGAUUUUCACACGCUACCUGCUCAAACCGAGAUUCAACUUUCACAACGUGGGCUCCAAAUCAACAUCAAAGCAAGCAAUGGGAAGUACGAAUCCGGCGAGCUGGGUAAUUUGCAUUGGAAGGCGACGGGUAUGAAGGCGUAUGGUCGGGCGUCAUGGGAGUUGAGGGAUGAGAAGGAGAUGGUCUUGUCUGUCACGAUUGACGAUCACCAAGUAAAUGGUGUGAUCUCUGUCUGGAAGAAAGAUAUCGGCCCAGACACUGUUGAGGAACUUGUCAUGGUUGGGCUUUCCAAGAUUGAGGAGUACAGAAGAAUGUUGCGGAAUGCUAAGAUAUCGAGCAUAGGAGUUACUGCUAAUGCGUCGUGGUUGGCAUCGUAACAAAGCACAUCAAUAUUGUACUGUAUAUCAUUCUCACAGAUACUCAACCAAUUAUCUGAUCUGG